UCUGGUAACACUACCGCAUUUCGCAAAAUCCAAUUUGUUUAAACAAACGGAGAGCGCCCUUCCGAAAAUCACCGCUUCUUGAAAAAUGAAAGAUAUAGUUUAGUGCGCGACGUUUGGCGAAUUGCGUGCAACGCAAACACAACAACAAAGAGUGACCAUGAAAAUGCCAGCGAGAAAUUCGCGAAAAUCAAUGAAUAAAGGCAGCGGAUCCUAAUAAUAACUAAUAGUACUGUUAGCCAAGUGAAAUUCGAGGCUGGAAUUCGUUAUGCUGCAGUGCCCAUCAUCGGAUUAAACGUCGGGCGGAGAUCCGGAGAUCCCCUAGAUCUCCUCCAUCCAACCAGUGAUUAACCUUUCGGCGACAAGCCGCCCCUCCACUCAGUCCCAAUUAACCCCCUCUCGCCAGAAUGGAUGGCCAGAGGGCCCGGGAUCUCCUAACCCUUCUCCAGGAACGGGUGGUCUUUCUCACGGGCGGACGGGAUCGUCGCGGCGGACCGCUCCUUUGCUUCCCGGCCACGCCCCGCAGAGAUCGACUAAAGCCGGAGGAUCUGCGGCGACUCCUCAGCUACCUGAUAGGCAUUCCCAGCGACGCCGCCAAGAACCUCGGAUUCACAGUCAUCAUCGACAUGCGCGGCAAUGGCAACUGCUCCACCAACGUGAAGACUAUAUUGAAGGUGCUGCAGGAGCACUUCAGUGCGAAUAUCCACAACGUGGUGAUCAUCAAGCCGGACAACUUCUGGCAGAAGCAGCGCGCCUCGAUCUCCUCGCACAAGUACAAGUUCGAGACGACGACGGUGUCGAUUGAAUCCCUUAACAAAAUCGCUGAAAGCCAUCAGCUAACUGGGGACUUUGAGGGCCAGCAGUUGUACGACCAUCAGCAGUGGACGGACGCCCGAUUGGCCAUCGAGGACUUCUUCUGGCAGGCCGGUGACAUGGCCGAUCGGAUCGACGAUCUGCAGGAGGACCUCAACAGAAACGACUUCGCCGAAGACGUGCCUCUGGCCAGGCAUGCCAUUGACCACCACAACGAGAUGCGCAAGAAGAUCACAAAGCUGCCCAUCGAGGAACUUGACAUGCAGGGCAAGAAGCUCCUGGCCAAGAUUAACGCGAUGGCCCCGUCAGGCGGUCAGCCGCCCUCCAACUCCGGGGGUUCGGAUAUGGACUCGGGCACUUCCUCCGCCGGACAGCAAUCUCAGCCCUCGCAGCAAUCUCGUUCAGUGAGCGGCAAUCCGGACAUGACGGCCGCAGUGAACAAAGCCCUGCGGCAGAUCGACCUCAUCCACACGGGGCAAGAGAAGCUGCUGAUGCUGUGGCAGCACAAGAAGGUGAAACUAGACCAGUGCUUCCAGUGGCGCCUGUUCGAGCAGGACUGCGAGAAGAUGUUCGACUGGAUCCUGCACAACCGCGAUGUGUUUCAGAUGAGCUAUGUGGAGAUUGGACACAACUACUCAGUGGCCAAGUCCCUCCAGGAUGAGCACCAAAAGUUCGCCGUGGCCUCCAUGAAUGUCUCCGUGAAUAUAGAUCGGAUUUUGGCCGUGGCAUCCCGGUUGAUCGAGAGUCAGCAUUAUGCUGCCCAGCAUAUUAAAACGUUGGCUCAGCGUUUGGACAGAACCUGGAAGGACUUCGCGGCGGGCCUGGAUGAGAGAACUGCUGUUCUGCAACUGAGUGUUCUGUUCCACCACAAGGCCGAACAGUACUGCAACAGUGUGGCCAGCUGGGCAGCCGCUUGCCAAGCCUCCCAACCUCUGCCCUCGGACAUUCAGAGCUUGGAAACGGCCAUCCGCACACACCAAUCCUUGUACGAAGCCAUGUGCCAGGCUUACACGGAAGUCCACUCCACCAGCAAGAAGCUGCUGUAUCAGUUGGAUCAUUUGGUGCAGGUGUGCAAUCAACCUCCGCCUCCUGGUGUUCCGGAUCAUAGAAAGAACAGCAACGGCGGCAGUUUCAACAAGUAUGAGCGACAGAACCCAGCAGCGGACUACAGCGAGGGCGCCAGUCAUGUGCUGGCUGUGAUACACCAGAUCCUGGGACACCAUCGCACUCUGGAAGCAAAGUGGCAUCAGGAAAGGCUACGAUUACAUCAGACCCUAGCUCUAAGACUCUUCCAAGAAGAUGUGAAGCAGGUCCUGGAUUGGCUUAAGAACCAUGGCGAAGUUUUCCUUAGGAAAAACACUGGUAUUGGCAGGAACUUCCACAAAGCCAGAGUCUAUCAGACCUCGCACGAUAACUUUGAGAACGUGGCCCAGAACACCUACAGUAAUGCCCAGAAACUCCUGGCCGCUGCCGAUGAAUUGGCUAGAAGUGGCGAAGCCGAUCCCAAUGAGAUAUAUUCUGUGGCCAGGGAACUGGAACUCCAGGUGGGCAGCUUUGCGGAGAGAGUGGAGCAAAGGAGACGCCGCUUGGAGAUGGCUGUAAUAUUCUACACUCACGAGAAGGAUGUGACCGCCUGGAUAGAUAAACUUCGAACGGACGUGAGCACGGAUGAAACGCGUCUCUCGCAGGAGAACCUCGAGGGCAUAGAACGCAUAUUGCAGCAAUACCAGAGGGAUCAGCAGGAGAGCUCCGUAAAUGUUUGCCUUACUACCAUAGCCCAGGGUGAAGCUCUGCUGCAGGAGAUGCGAUCCCUGGAGUAUGCCGACAAUACGGGUUCCAUUGCCGCUCUGGAGGCCACUCUCGAGAAGUUAAGCAAACAGAAACUGGAGCUGGAGGAGCUCUGGUCAGCUCGAAAGUUCCGCGCCGAUCUCAUCCUGCGUUUGCGCUACUUUGAGCGGGAUGCCAUGGAGCUGUCCUCACAACUGGGAAUCUGGUCUGAGGAGCUCCAGCAUGCCGACCUUUCCAGGGACUACCAAAAGGCCGAACAGCUCAUUCGAAUGCACAACGAAUCGGUGACGGACAUACAGAACGCCACUUACGAGGUCCUGCAGCAGGGACAGGACAUGCUGCAGCUCUUCGAGAACGCUGGCUUCAUUUCCAUGGCGGAUGCCACGCACACGGCUCAGGCUAGGAUUGAAUAUUUGCUAGACUUUUUGCGGGAACGGGAGAUCGAUCUGGAGGAAAUGUCCGAGGCUAAGCGGGCCAAACUCGAGCAAGCGGUGCAGCUGUGUCAAUUCCAGAACGAUGCCAACCAGGUGAUCUCGUGGAUUCGCAAUGGAGAGGCCAUGCUUGUCGCGAGCUUCGUUACGCCCAACAGUUUGCAGGAGGCCGAGCAGCUGCGCAAGGGUCACGAGCAGUUCCAGAUUGCCAUCGAGAAGACACACACUUCGGCGGUGCAGGUGAAGUACCGAGCGGAUGCCCUGAUUAAUGCCAACCACUACGACCCACAGUCCAUCAGGGAAAUCAGCGACGAUGUGACGAAGAAAUGGCAGCAACUGGUGACCUACGCGGAGGAGCGGCACAAGCUGGUGACCGCCUCAAUAAACUUCUACAAAACGGCCGAGCAGGUGUGCUCGGUUUUGGACAGCCUAGAGCGGGAGUACAAGCGGGAGGAUGACUGGUGUGGCGGAAACGGGGGCAGCGAUAAAGCCCUGAUUGUCCAGCUGAUCUCGAAGCAUCAGGAGCAAAAGGAAGCCUUCCUGAAGGCCUGCACAUUGGCGCGUCGCACCGCAGAGACUUUCCUAAAGUAUGCCAACAGGUCGCAGCAGUGUUAUCAGUAUAAAGGCAACUGUGAAGCCCACGUGAAGAGCAAACUAGACAAGCUUCUGACUCAGGAAAAUCAAGUCCUGGACUACUGGACGCUGCGUAAGAAAUCGCUGGAUCAGUGUCAGCAGUUUGUUCUCUUUGAGAGAAGCGCCAAACAGGCGAUUGAAUGGAUUCACAACACCGGAGAAGCAUACCUUUCGUCAAGAUCGAACUUGGUGGGCAUAAGCAAAGAGGAAACGGAGGGACUGCUAAAAGAGCACAAUGAAUUCCGCAGCACUGCAAAGGAGACGCGUGAGAGGGUUAAGCUUCUGAUUCAACUAGCUGAUAGUUUGGUGGAGAAGGGCCACGCACAUGCCAGCGACAUCAAGCAAUGGGUGGCCUCGGUGGAUCAGCGGUACAAGGACUUCAGCAACCGCAUGGACAGCUACUGCGAGCAGCUGGAGAAAUCACUGGGCAUGUCCCAGGAGCAGUUACUUUUGGGAUCCGAUGGAAAUAGUUCGAUAUGCUCCUCCUCCGGGGUGAGCAGUAUCGAUCGUCAUUCGGACCCCACGCUGGAAGCUAAGCUAAACAGCAGCAAUAAGGAGAACAAGGAGAUAAACGAGGAGAAGCGCAAGUCGGCGAGGAGGAAAGAGUUCAUCAUGGCAGAACUUAUGCAGACAGAGCGAGCGUAUGUUAAUGAUCUGGCCACCUGCAUCAAGUGUUUUCUGGAGGAAUUCAGAGGUGGAAGAAAUGUACCCCCUGCACUCAUUGGCCAGGAAGAUGUGAUAUUCGGCAACAUCAGGGAGAUACACCACUUCCAUCAGAAGAUUUUCCUGCGGGAACUGGAGAAAUACGAAACAAUGCCCGAGGACGUGGGCCAUUGCUUCGUAACAUGGGCCUCCAAGUUCGACAUGUAUGUGCAUUACUGCAAGAACAAGCCCACAUCGAAUAAUCUGCUAGUCCAGCACGGGGGCAGCUUCUUUGAGGAGCUGCAACGGCGCCUGGAGGUGGAUCAUCCACUGCCCGCGUAUCUCAUCAAGCCCGUGCAGAGGAUCACCAAAUACCAGCUGUUACUUAAGGAUCUCCUUUCGUGCUGCGAGGAGAGCCACGGCGAAAUCAAGGAGGGUCUCGAGGUGAUGCUUAAUGUUCCCAAGAAAGCCAAUGAUGCCAUGCAUCUAUCGCUGCUGGAAAACUGUGAUGUCUCGGUAGACAAACUGGGUGAAGUUGUGCUGCAGGACGCCUUCCAGGCCUGGGACACCAAGCAGAUCAUUCGAAAGGGCAGAGAGCGGCGAGUUUUCUUGUUUGAAUUGUAUCUGCUGUUUGCCAAGGAGGUCAAGGAGUCCAGCGUAGUCAAGUACCAGUUCAAGAGCAAGCUCAUGACCACCGACAUGGGCAUCACGGAGCACAUCGAAGGCGAUGAGACCAAGUUCGCCGUGUGGACGGGACGUUCCCCCAUGCUCUCGGAUUGCAGGAUUGUUUUGAAGGCGACGAGCUUGGAAACAAAACAGAUUUGGGUGAAGAAACUGCGUGAAGUGAUGCAGGAGACGUGCUUCUCGGGCACCUCAUUGACCCUGCCCAAGUCCCCAGCCAAACACUCGGGCUCCUCGCAACGAUCUUCGCGGGAUCUGGAUGAACAGCUAACGGAGAACGACCAUGAUCGCUGUUCUCUGGCUAGUUUUGGAUCGGGUAAUACCACAGAUAGUGAUAAUAAGCUGGGCAACCAGGAGGCCACCUGGGUGGUGGCUGACUACAUCGCCAGUCCUGGCAGCAACGAGCUGAGCGUUAGCAAAGGACAGCAGGUGGAGAUUAUCGAGCCGCCCACCGCCGGCGAGCCGGACUUCUGCCUGGUGCGCCUGAAUCCUCAGCACGAGGAUGCCGCCGUGCAGGAAGGACUCGUCCCUGUCUCAGUGCUCAAACCGCCGCCGGGCUCACACAAACACGGUUCCGGAUCCGGAGCGAACGCAGCCGGAGCAGUCGGCUCUCAGAAGUCCGACAUGCAGGAUCAGGGCAAUCGCAGCAAGGCGGAUGCACUCUCAUCGUCCACUAAACGCCGCGGAUUCAGCGGGCGCAACUGGCUGCCGCUGAUGAAUCGCAAGGGAACGGACAAGGCGCCCAACAGCAAACCGCUGGUGAAGAAGCCCUCGGAGAAAAACCUGAAAACACCCCAGAAGCACGCCGAGGAGCUGGCCGAGCAGCAAAAUCAGCAGCCAGGUGGCAGUCCCGCCACCGUGGUGCCAUCCUCGCAAUUCCCCACCUCCACUCAGCAUCCAGGAGGAGCCGGGGACUAUGAGCCGGACGAGGAGGUCGGCUUGGAGCUGCCGCCGCCCAUGAAACCCAUCCAGGAGCCGCACCUGAUUGCCAACGGACCGCCCGCAUUUACCAAGGACGCCAAGGAGAACUCGGGCAAUAUGGCCAGCACUGGCAAAAUGGACGGCAAUCCACUAUCGGAAAUAGAAGAAAUUGUCAAGACGACAACGGAGCAACACGAGUCCAACAGUCGCGCGGAUGGAGGCGGUGGAGCGGAAAAUGCCAGCACCAAUGGCCACGGACGCUCCCACGACAAAAAUGAUGAGGAACACACUGUGAUCUCAGACAAGGCUGCUGCUCUCAAGAAGCGGCAAUGCGCAUUGGCGGAGCUGAUGUCCACGGAGGAGACCUAUGUGAAGGAUCUGAGUGUGAUCGUAAAUGGCUACAUGGCAGAGAUCAACAACACGAACAGUGAUAUACCCCUGCCCGAGAAUUUGAAGGGCGGCAAAAUAAAGUUGGUAUUCAACAAUAUCAAAGACAUCUACGAGUGGCACAGGGACUUCUUUGUAAAGUCUCUGCGUACCUGCCAGAAUUCGCCAGCGGAUCUGGGCCCGCUCAUCAAGCGCUCAUCCACUAAGUUUGCUCUGUAUUACACCUUUUGCAGUAAUAUGCCGCUGUCGGAGUACAUAGUCAGCGCCCAUUAUCAGUAUUUUGAUUGCAUACGCCAGAAGCUGAAACAACGCCUGGAUUUGAGCAACCUUAUCAUCAAGCCAGUGCAGCGAAUCACAAAAUACGAGCUACUGAUCAAGGAGAUCAUCAAGGCCACAGAGGGAGCCGGCCUCUACGACGAGAUUCCCAUGCUGCAAGAGGCCUACCAGCAGAUGAGGGUGGUGGUCAAGACAGUCAACGAUAUGACGGUGGUGCUGCGCAGCCUGCAGGACUUUGAUGGAGAGAUCACCGCCCAAGGCAGCCUUCUGAUGCAGGGUUCCAUGAACUGCCUGGUGGAUGCGGCACAGAAGCAGCGCGAGCUUCAGGUGUUCCUCUUCCAGCAGAUCAUCAUCUUUGCCGACAUUGAGAAGGCCAAGAACCAGUUCUCCAGUCCCGUAUUUAAAUACCGAUCGCACAUACAGCUCAAUCACAUGCAAAUGAAGGAACUGGGCGACUGCCGCUUUCAGAUCAGGUCGACUGACCCUAAGAUUGCGGAGAUGACGAUCAUCUGCCAGGCGUCAUCGCAGGAGAGCUACGCGGGAUGGCGAGACAUGCUGAACAAGAUCCUGCAGCAGCAGAACGACCUCAUCUUUAUGCUCUCCAAUCCCCUGCAAACCAAAAAUAAGUGAACGCCCUCUGAGGUAGAAUUCCAAAUGACAAAGCAGGAAAGCAGGAAAGCUUGAAAGUUUGAAAGCUUGACAGCAAGCAAGAACAACAAACGAAAGUAUGAGAAAAUGAUAUUGUAAUGUGUUUUGGGCAAAGGGUUGUCCGCCACCCAAGUGAGCAUCAGCCUCGCACUUGUUUUCCCGUCUGUGCGUCUGUGCGUCUGCUUACGGAUCGUCUUGCUCACACCCAGCACCCAGAUACACUCGCAUACUCAGUCCUAAUUUGUAUGUAACUUGUAAUUGUAAUUUAUUUAUUUGUCAUCGCCUGCGUUUCCGUUCAGACCACCUUUAGUUGAUAGUUUAAGCCGCCUUUAUGUUCUGUCAGAUUCUGUUUUCGUUUCCGGAUUUGUGUGUAUGAAACGCAAAGUAUUAUAUGCUCAAGAUUACCUUUGACAUUGUGUGCAUUUUUAACUUAAUUAGACUCCGUUGCUCUCAGUUGAACUUCCUCAAAUCGGAUUUCUUAGCGAUCGGCAGCCAAGACCUACUCAGAAUCAAAAGCAAUUCACAUUUUCGUUUCGUAUUUUUAUUCGCAUCAAACGCAGAGUAAGAGUAUACCUAUUCUAUAGCCUUAGUUCGGUUAAUCAUAGUUUAAACUUAUCGUAACUUGAUUUGCUUUGGAUAGCUAAAGCAGAGACUCGUGUACUGGCACUCGUUCGAGUGCUGCAACUUCGUGAAAUAAUUUAAGCUUAACGUUAGUUUAUGAAUGCAAUGCAAAGCGUAUUUGUACUUUAUGUUUUACAAAUAAAAUAUGUAAGCUUUAAACGUAAUCAAAACCAGAAACAAUAAGUUUUUAAUUAUUCUAAUUUAACAUUAUGCCCAAAAUAAACAAAAAAUGUCUGCUCA